UUUCCUCUAAAGGCUGUUCUCCUCUGGAUGUUUGUGGACUGUGUCACAGAGAUUACUCUGUGCGGCUCACUGUCGUGGACUGUACUCGGUUCUGCUGGCAGCUUGUCACCUUACGUUCUGUUUGUGGUUCUGAGAGUUUAAAGUGGACAAAAGAGCUUUUUUCCCUCUUUCUUGAAGAUCCAGCACAACAUGGCAGGAAACAAAACAGUCGACACUGAAAAACUUGGCCCUGUCUUUCCAGAAUCAACACCCUCAGUCUCCUCUCGACUGAAAGCCUUUCGUCGGCAGUUUCAUACAGUCCGUGCUACUGCUGGGGACACUGUCCACCUGCCCUGUCGCCUCUCACCUGAAGCCAGUACAGCGGCCAGAGAGCUCAGGUGGUUUAGGGGGACAGACUGUAUUGAAGUGUUCCAGGUCACUGUGGGAAGUGGCUGUGAAGGCAGUGGGAAACUGACACUGAGAGAUGUUAAAGUCACUGAUUCUGGACAAUACAGGUGUGAAAUGCUGGGAGAGAAGAAAGAGGAGAUGUCCGUUAUUCAUCUGCACGUAUCAGAGUUUAAACUGGUCUCCAGAUCAGAAGAUGUUGGAAAGCCGUCUCAUGUUGAGCCUCUGAAACCCACCUCGAAGCAGCAGAGCUCUCCAGAUUUUGGACCUCAUGUUUUUUGUGGUCAUGAUGUCACUCUGCCCUGUUACCUCUCUCCUGAAACCAGUGCUGUUGCCAUGGAGAUCAGGUGGUUUAAAGGGACAGACUGCAUUUACCUGUACCUGAAUGGUCAGGUGACAGAGGGGAGGGGCUAUGAGGGCAGAGUGAGCAUGUUCACAGAUGAGCUGCAGAGAGGAAACAUGUCUCUGAGUCUGCGAGAUGUUCAGAGGUCAGAUUACGGAGAGUACAGGUGUGAGGUCACUCAUGGAGGACACAGGGUGAAAAACGAUGGAGUGCGAAUAAAAGAGUUUAAAUUAUUCUCCCUCCCAGAGAACAAUCACUCUCUCAUUCCUCAGCCUUUUGCUGUCCAUGCUGGUACUGGUAAUGAUGUCCUUCUGCCUGGUUUCCUCUCACCUAAAACCUGUGCUGUUGCCAUGGAGAUCAGGUGGUUUAAAGGGACAGACUGCCUUUACCUGUACCAGAAUGGUCAGGUGACAGAGGGGAGGGGCUAUGAGGGCAGAGUGAGCAUGUUAACUGAUGAGCUGGAGAAUGGAAAUGUAUCUCUGAAGCUGACAGAUUAUCAUUCAGAUGGAGGAGAAUACAGGUGUGAGGUCACUUAUGGAAAACACAAGAUGGAAAACAACAUUCACCUGCAUAUAGAGGCUCCAGCUUGUUUCAGGGAGGUGUCAAGGAGAUUUAACAAGGGACCUAAACCUGUUAAAACACCAAAAGAGCGAAAAAGACGUGCGAGUGAUUCGAGUGACCAUCGGCCCAAAGAGCCAGAAAAGCCAGGGAGAAGGUGGAGUAAUGACAUGCCUCUCUUAGAUAUGUGAGGACAGAAAGAGCAGCUCAGCCACCCAGCAGAGAAACUACAGGAGGAGGUCGUUAUUUGUGAAUUUUUUGUUAUUUUAUAAUCGGAGUGUACAGAAGUUGUGGGCGUGGUCGCAGAGACUUUCCUUUCUGCUUCUUUUUUUUAUAUCGAGGGUCGUGUCAUAUUUUCAAGUGGUAUCAAACCUGUAGUGAAGAGUUUUUGGACGUUGGACCCCCUCAUGAUACUCAGUGUUGGAGGUCAUUGCAAACUGCUUAUCUAAUGUGGAAAGUGUAAAAUAGUUCCACACAGCACAAACUUUUUCACCCCAUCUGUUCAUGCGCGGUCACUCAAACUGGGUGACCCUGACUUGGUGGAGAACAUCUGAGAUCACUGGAGGAGCUGGACCUGGGAUGGACAUCAGAGACCAACAUGAACUUCAUCUUUGUAGACUGAACUUAACCAGUGCUGCUGUGUCUGUUUACAGCGAUGAAUCUUUAUAUCUGUGAACCAAAGUCGUCAGCAUAGAUUUUAGUGUCGUAAUGAAUCGGUACAUAUAAUCUGAUUCACAUAUAAUUUGCUAAAUGGUUUUUAUUUGUAUUUGUUUUUGUCUUUAUGUUGUUUGCAGUCAUAUUAAAGUUGAAAGACUGUGACAUGAUUUACUAGAUUUUAUUUGACAUCAUGAAAACCUGGACUUCCAUUUUUCAGCCUGUGUUUUUGUGUUUAUGCAGAUUUGUUGACAUGCUGGGAUGUUUUUCCUUUUUAUGCUUUAACACAGUAAUAAGAUGUAAAUCAACGUAAUGAUGUGAUUCUGUAAUUUGAUUUGUCUUCUGUUUUUACCUUUUUGAUGUAUCCCCAUCAUUGAACAUUUGAAUGGGUGCUUUUCACCUGUUUCCGAAUGUUCAUUUUGAUGUUUUAUUAAAAGUUAUUUGAUCUGUGGGA